CCAUCACCUCUCCUUCCCUGCCUCUGAUCCUCCUCCUCGCUGCUCCCUCUGUCCAACUGCUCCUCCCACCUGGCCAUGACCACAGCCCCUGCUGGGACCCUGGCCCAGCUCUGAGUCCCGGGACCCUUGGUCCCCUCCCCUGGGUCAUGGCCAACUCAGGCCUCCAGCUCCUGGGCUACUUCUUGGCCCUGGGUGGCUGGGUGGGCAUCAUCGCUAGCACGGCCCUGCCACAGUGGAAGCAGUCUUCCUACGCAGGCGACGCCAUCAUCACCGCCGUGGGCCUCUAUGAAGGGCUCUGGAUGUCCUGCGCCUCCCAGAGCACCGGGCAGGUGCAGUGCAAGCUCUACGACUCGCUGCUCGCCCUGGACGGUCACAUCCAGUCAGCUCGGGCCCUGAUGGUGGUGGCCGUGCUCCUGGGCUUCGUGGCCAUGGUCCUCAGUGUGGUUGGCAUGAAGUGCACACGGGUGGGAGACAGCAACCCCAUCGCCAAGGGCCGUGUCGCCAUCUCCGGGGGUGCUCUCUUCAUCCUGGCAGGCCUCUGCACUUUGACUGCUGUCUCAUGGUAUGCCACCCUGGUGACCCAGGAGUUCUUCAACCCAAGCACACCUGUCAAUGCCAGGUAUGAAUUUGGUCCAGCCCUGUUUGUGGGCUGGGCCUCAGCUGGCCUGGCCGUGCUGGGGGGCUCCUUCCUCUGCUGCACGUGCCCGGAGCCAGAGAGACCCAACAGCAGCCCGCAGCCCUACCGGCCCGGACCCUCCACUGCUGCCCGAGAACCAGUUGUUAAAUUGCCCGCCUCCGCCAAGGGCCCCCUGGGUGUGUAAUGUCCAGUCCCCAACCAGGCUCUGUCCUUUGCCAUACCUAGACUGUGUGUUUCAUAUUUUUUGAAAACAGAAGUGAACAUCCAGCCCCA